CAGGUCUCCGCUACCUCGGGCCGGUGCGCUGCGGACUCGGUCUUCGGCCUCCGGCGUGUGCGGAGAAAGACAGGAGGGCGGGAGAGCGGAGCAGAGCCGGACCGGAGAUACAGAUCCCAGGGCUCGCCAACCGCCGGCGGGGAAGGUGCGGCGUGGCGGGCGCCGGCUACGGAUCCGCUCCGCACAGCUCCCUCUCCGCUCCGCGCCUGGCUUCAGAGCGCCGCGGAUCCCACACGCUGCAGCAGCCGCGGGAGUGAACUCCGCACUUGGAAUAUCGAUCUGAGCCGCGCAAGGGCCUCCCAUUGGUCUCAACCGCUGGCGGGCUCCGGGCUAGGGGCUUCCAGUGGGGCGAGGGGGCGGAGGGCGGGUGCGCCGGCUGUCCAUCACUGGCCACGCCCUCCCCAGCCCAACUCCCAUUACGGCCCCGCCCACUAGAGGGGCGGGAUGCUCGUGCGCCACGCCGAAAACUUGGCUUCCCCCUCCGGAAGAUUCUAUUGGCUGGAAGGCCGUGGGAAGCUACUACCAGCAGCCAGUUGAAAUGCACAAUGUGCCCCGUGGGGGCGGAGAGAACACCGCCCGCUUCCUCAGGAGCCAAUAGAGAAGAGGAACAGCGAAGCGCUUCCUGAGUUCGGGGGUCGAGGAAAGAUGGCGACCACCAAAGGGGGUUGGUACCUGUGCGAAUUAUUGAGAUUUUUUUAUUCAUUAUUCCUCCCUGGGCUGACAGUCUGUGGAACUUUAUGUGUAUGUCUGUUCAUUAUCCUCUGGGGAAUCAGACUGCUGCUACAGAGAAAGAAAACGUCAGCAUCAGCUAGCAAAAAUGGGAAAAAGCAAAUGGUGGUUGCAUUUUUUCAUCCAUACUGCAAUGCUGGUGGAGGAGGAGAAAGAGUUUUGUGGUGUGCCUUAAGAGCCCUGCAGAAAAAGUAUCCUGAAGCAGUUUAUGUCGUUUAUACUGGUGAUGUUAAUGUCAGUGGUCAGCAGAUACUAGAAGGUGCUUUCCGAAGAUUUAACAUCAGACUCACUCACCCAGUAAAGUUUGUUUUCUUAAGGAAACGCUACCUUGUGGAAGAUUCACUCUAUCCUCACUUCACACUGCUGGGCCAAAGUCUAGGGUCCAUUCUUCUUGGCUGGGAAGCUCUAAUGCAGUGUGUUCCCGACGUCUACAUCGAUUCAAUGGGAUACGCGUUUACACUUCCUCUGUUUAAGUAUUUAGGCGGUUGUCGCAUCGGAAGCUAUGUUCAUUAUCCCACGAUCAGCAUGGACAUGCUCUCCGUAGUGAAGAAUCAAAAUGUUGGAUUUAACAAUGCAGCCUUCAUUACCAGGAAUCCUUUUCUCAGCAAAGUAAAGCUCAUCUAUUAUUAUUUAUUUGCUUUUGUUUAUGGACUUGUUGGUUCUUGCAGUGAUGUAGUGAUGGUCAAUUCUUCUUGGACACUAAAGCACAUUCUCUCCCUGUGGAAAGUUGGGAAUUGCACUAACAUUGUUUAUCCACCUUGUGAUGUGCAGACAUUUCUGGACAUUCCCUUACGUGACAAAAAGACGACCCCAGGCCAUUUACUGGUUUCCAUUGGUCAGUUCCGGCCUGAAAAGAAUCAUCCUUUGCAGAUCAAAGCCUUUGCUAAAUUGCUGAAUAAGAAGGUGGCUGAGUCACUGCCUUCACUGAAACUUGUCCUCAUUGGAGGUUGUCGAAACCAAGAUGAUGAGCUGAGGGUAAACCAACUGAGAAGGCUUUCUGAGGAUCUAGGAAUUCAAGAAGAUGUGGAAUUUAAAAUAAACAUCCCAUUUGAUGAGUUAAAGAAUUACUUGUCUGAAGCAACAAUUGGUCUGCAUACCAUGUGGAACGAGCAUUUUGGGAUUGGAGUUGUUGAGUGUAUGGCAGCUGGCAUGGUUAUCCUUGCCCACAAUUCAGGGGGCCCGAAGCUGGACAUUGUCGUGCCUCACCACGGAGGGAGAACUGGGUUUCUGGCUGAAAGCGAAGACAGCUACGCGGAGACCAUGGCUCAUAUUCUUUCCAUGUCCGAGGAAAAGAGACUCCAAAUCCGAAGCAGUGCUCGGGCAUCUGUAAGCAGAUUCUCUGAUCAGGAGUUUGAACUGGCGUUCCUGUCCUCUGUGGAGAACUUAUUUAAAUAAUGCCAUAUCUGUCCCGAUUAAAGAUAUUUUACAUAAAACGGCUAAACACCUUCAUAUGUUAGUAUCUUUCUAACCGUUUUCUGUAUUGUAAUAAAGUCAGCCUAAGCAGUGCUCUCUGCAGUA